AUGUGGGUCAAAUGGACUUUACUUAAUAGUGCAGAUGAAAGCAGACCUCACCGACCAGACCAAAGCCUCGAAGACAUCAGAAUAAAGUACACAUCUUUCAUAGGUGCAAAUUUUGUAAGAUGUAACUUUAGUGGAUCAGAAUUGGAGAAUGUAGACAUAAGUGGAGUUAAUCUGAAUGGAGCUCUACUAUUUAAUUGUAAGUAGAAGAAUAUUAAAAUACAUGAGUUAAACAAAUUGGAUGGUCUUACUAGUGAUGCACCAAAUGGAAUGUGA